AUGCCCCCCGUCAAGUUUCGCGGCGUGCCGCUGCUCCGGCAGGAGCGGCUGCUCAUCCCGAUCGAGGUGUUUUCGGACUCGCUGUGUCCGUGGUGCUGGGUCGAGAAGCAGAGCCUGGAGGAGGCGACGAGGCAGUUUGGCAGCCGGCAUCCCGAGGUGGAGUUUGAGGUGGUCUGGCGGUCGUUUUGCCUGAACCCGCUGUUCAAGACGAAAUGCGACAAGGUGUUCCUGUAUGACGAGUGGUCCGGCGGCCAGGGACGCUUCCAGGCGCACCUGGACCGCGUGGCCGCCGCGGGUGCCCGGUACGGCGUCAAGUUCUCCGUCAGCGGCGUCAUGGGCCCGUCGCGGUCGUCGCAGAUCCUCAUCGCCAACGUGCUGCGGCGGCGCGGGCCGGCCGCCCAGGCGCGGGUGGUGGAGGCGCUCUUCCGCGCCCACUUCCUGCUGGGCCAGGACCUCUCGGACGAGGACUUUCUGGUCCGCCUGGGGAGCGAGACGGCCGGCCUGCCGGCGGACCUGGUGCGCGCUGACCUGCGCGACGGCGACAACGGCCGCCUCGUCGACUGCCAGGCCGAGGAGGCGGUGGAGGAGAAGGGCGUCGAGGCGGUGCCGUGCGUCACCGUGCUGGGCAAGUACAAGGUCGGGGGGUUCCAGGACGCCCACGUCUUCGAGGAGCUGUUUGACCGCAUCUGGGAGGAGAACAAGGGGCUGCUGGGGGGGAUACCAGGGCGUGAGUGGCGGUGA